AUGGCAGCGCAAGCUGGAGCAGGUGCUGUCGCCGCACGCGUUCGCUCUGCUCGGGAGAGUGGUGGUGGCGGUGGUGGUGCCAACGCGCGAGCAACAGCUCGCAGCGGAGAGGGCGUGGCGCAGGCUGCAGCGGCAGCAGGGCGCGCAGGGGGGCGAUGCAGCGGGCAAGGGGGGGGCGGUGGAGGUGCACGUGGUGGUGGCGGGGCUGUCGCGCCUUCCCCGUGGGCUGCCUCCGUGCGCCUUGGCGCUCGUCACAGCCCCGGCAGCGACACGUGGCGCCAGGUCAUCGGCCUGUUAGAGGCCCAAGGCAGGUUCAUGGAUUUGGAGGAGGGUGGGGGAGCGGUGGCGAGGGCGAUAGCAGCGAGGCGGGAGGCAGUGGAGGAGAUGCGGUGCAUGGUGCAGGGCGCUCGAGCAGCGGCUUCUGGGACCACCAUGGGGGCUGCCUCACCAGACGCCACGGGCUGGCAUGACCUGCCCUGGACGGUGGGUCACUGCAUGCAUGCUAUGCUACCUUCCUGCCAUGGCCCAUGGGUUGUUGCGUGCUGCCGUGGGCUGAUAGAAAGAGGCCUUUUCUCACCGUCAUUCGGGGAGGCCCUGCAGCGAGCGGAGUCAGUGGAGGUGGUGCUGCGCCUCUGGCGAAUCCUGCAGGGCCGGCAUGGCGGGCGAGAUGGCAACCCCGCCGCCACCUGGCUGCCGGCAGGGCCGGAGUGGGCAGAGGAUGAGGUGCCUCGGCGGGUGUUGAACGACAUUGUGCAUGUGGACGUGGUCGGCGAUCAUUGUCUCAUCUGGUCCACCGAUAGGGGCGUGUGCAGCAGAGUGUGCAGCGCAUACACUGCCACCUGUGCUGCUACUCACCUGCCUACCUGCACUACUGCGCGCUGCACCAGUACUGCCCCUCCUCGCCCCGCCUGCGCGUGCCGGCCCUCCUCCCUCACCGCAACAUGCAGUGGUGGCGAACACCCUCCGGUGGGACUGCUGCCUCUUAUUCGCUGGCGCCUUUGUUCUUUUGCACCAAUUGCACUCCCAAUCCGCAAUCCUCCGUUCAUCCCUCGCUUCGUCUCUCUCAUUGCAUCCACACCCCAACCCCCACCUUCCCUUCCCUUCUCACCUCCCUCCCCAUCCCGCUCCGCUCUCCCCACAACAUCAGCGGACGUCAGCGACACAGCAGCAGGUGUCAGCGCCACAUCAGCGGACGUGGUGACGCCGCCCAAGUUCAUCGCGCUGCAGCCCGCGGUGGCGCUCACGCUGCUGGCGCGGGGCGGCGGUGCUCUCGCAGCGUCGCUGAGCCACCUGCCGUUUGAGGUGAACGCGGAGGAGAGGGCCGCCAUCCACUGCCCUUCCAGCCUCGUCGUGCACGGCCGCUCCGGAACGGGCAAGACAACAGUGAUCAUCCACAGGGCUCUGCACCUGCACCGCCUCUCCUCCACCCGUCCUCUUGCCUCUCCACCCGCCCACGGAGGCACGGGCAUGUGGGGUACUGUCUCGGGGGAUGGUUGGAGCAUGGGGGAGGGUGGUGUGGGCGAUGGCACGGGGGUGCUGCGGCAGGUGGUGGUCACACGCAGCCUGCAGCUGUGCGCGUCCAUUCAAGCCGACAUCACCCACGCGUCCGAGUCGCUCGCUGCACUCGAAUCUGCUCACCUUGCCUCGCAGCCCUCUGCGGACCUCCACAGCAGCACGGAGCAGCAGGUGGCGCCACAGCAGCAGCAGCAGCCCGCCCCGCAGGUCCCGCCUCCGCCUACCGGCGGCGGCAGCGCCAGCAGUAGCAGUGCGCAGAGACAGCACAGGCGUUACAUGCUGCUGAUGCAGGAGGACCUAGAGGCCUCUCUCAUGGGCUCCCUGCCCUCAUGCAUUGCCGCCAUCCCCCCCACGGCCUUCCCCCUCGCCCUCACGCUCUCCAAGCUGCUGCGCCUGCUGGAUGCCUCAGUCACCCGCCCCUUCCUCCGGGCUACUCAGCGACAGCGCGCGAGAGAGGUGGCGAGGCGGCGUAUGGUGGUUGCUAUUGAGAUGAGCGCCCACGGGGUGAGGGAGGCGUGGGAGCAGGAGGAGGGUGGGAGGGCGUGGGGUGGACACGUGGAGAAGGAGAGAUGGGAGGCGAGGAGCGGGGGGGCAUGGGGAUGGGGACGAGGAGCAAGUGAGCACAGCAGGGGUGGGCGAAGGGAAGGGCUCUGGGAUGAAUGGCGGCAGCAAACGGAUGAGGAGGUUACUGCGGGGGAGGAGGAGGAGCAGGAGGAGGAGGAGGAAGUGGAGGUGGACUAUCACAUCGCACAUCAAGGGCAGCCUGCACGCCUUGCAGGCACUGCAGCAGGGCCAGCAGGGCAGCAGGGCCAGCAGGGCAGCAGGGCCAGCGCAGCCAGCAGGGCCAGCAGCAGUAGCACAGGGCACGUGGUGGUGGGCGAGGAGGAGUACGUGCGCGGCAUGGUGGGCAGCAACGAGCGCACAAGCCCAAUGGGCGAGCGGGACAGGCGCGCCGUGUACCGGCUGUUCCAGGCGUACGAGCGGCGCAAGCGGCGGCGCGGCGAGUAUGACAGCGCUGACCUCGUGCUGCACCUGCACCAAGAGAUCCGCCGCAUGCAGCAGCGCCAAGAGCCCUGGUGGUCCGUAGACCACGCUCUCCCCAGCCCGCCGUGGGCCAUCCCUGGAAGCACCACCACCGGGCUCCACCGCACUCCACCUGCCAGCACACCCAGUGCUCCAUGGUCGGCGUCGUGCAGUGGCCCGUGUGCUGCGGUGUUCCACUGUGUGUCGGUGGACGAGGUGCAGGACCUAACUCAGGCGCAGCUCGCGCUGCUGCCUCUGCUGUGUGCCAAUGUGGCCUCGGGGUUUGUGCUGGCGGGGGACACGGCGCAGAGCAUCGCACAUGGCGUGGACUUCCGCUUCGAGGACCUUGCCCGGGUGGUGUACAGCGAGUUUCUGCAUAAAGGGGAUGAACUCGGCAGGAUCGCCUCCACCGUGGUGCGCCUGCUGAGGGCCUUCUUCCCCGCCGCCAUCGACCGCCUGCACGCCGAGACCAGCAUGGUGGACGGGGCUGUGCCCGUCAUGGCGUGCGUGGCGCCUGAGUGGAAGAUGCACCUCGCCCAGGGCAUGCCGCUCAGCGCCACUCAGGCCAUCAUCGUGCGCAGCAGUGAGGAGAAGCGGCGCCUGUUGGCGCUGUUUGCAGCAAAGCCGGUGGUGCUGACAGUGGAGGAGUGCAAGGGACUCGAGUUCCAGCACAUGGAUGCUGCCCGCUGCUACCAGAAGCUGGGUCAGUUUGCGGAAGCAGCUGAUUGCUACAGUGCAGGCGGCGACAUGCACAGCGCUCUCCUCGUGUGCUUGCGCGCUCGCAUCUUCCAAAAGGGCCUAUCUCUUCUCGACACCUGGCAGCCACCUGCAUCCACGUCAGCAGCAGCAGUGCAGGAGGCGCAGCGGGUGGAGCAGCUGAGAGGAUGGUACGUGGUGGAGUGUGCGCGGUGGCAUGAGAGGCAACGUGAGUACGACCGCAUGCUCUCCUUCAUCCGCCUUCACCACUGCCUGCCCACCAAGCGUGCCUUUCUGGAGGCAGGGCGGCAUCUGAGGCAACUGGCGACACUAGAGGACGAGCAGGGCGACAAGAGCCGCGUGCCGAGGCUGCUGCAGAGAGCAGGGGCGCUGCUGGAGGCGGCACAGUACUUGUGGCAGCAGGGCUCGCCCGGGCGCGCACUCGUGUGCUUUGUUCGCCACUUGCACUGCCGCUUGAAUGCCGCCGGGCGAGGGGCGUUGCGGGUGGGGAUGCGGAAACGGGCAGCGGAGAGGGGGAGGUGCGGGGGAGGCGCUGAGAUGAGUGCAGAGGAGGUUGAGAUGGCUGGGAGGCUGUGGGCGGUGGAGCGGUGGAGCUUUGCUGAGAGGGACGCGUGUGGGGCGAGCGACCUGGCGUGGGCGAGGGUGGAGAUGAGCGUGCUGCUGCUGGUGAUGGCCCAUGAUGUUGCCAUCGACACGGACAGUGACAGUGACAGUGACGACGCUGCUGCUGCUGCUGCUGUGAGAGGGGAUGAUGGUGAUGGCUGCCAGGCAGCAGUGGGUGCCGGGGCGCGCUUGUCUCGCGCAUGGAUGGCUGUCAGGCAGGGGCAGGCCGUUCCAGCAGACCUUGUAGGGAAGUGCACGGGCGCGGCUGGUGCAGAGGCGGGUAAUGGCAGUGGCGGUAGAGGCGGAGAGGGCGGGCGAGAUGGGGCGAGUGGGGGGAUUGCGGUGUGGUGGACGGCAGUGAAUGUUGGGGAGGAAGAGAGGGAAGAGGCGGAGGAGAUGUGGCAGGGAAGGGACGUGCUGAGGAAGGGGCGAGAGCAGAUGGAGAGGGAGAAGAAACGAGGCGUGGCAGGAGGGUUGGGUGUGGAGGAGGUGGGGAGUGAGUGGAAGGGGGCAGAGCAGGUGCGAGCAGAGGUGCUGCUGGCGUGUGCGGGUGUGCAGGUGUGUGUGCGCAUGCUGCAGUGCGCCCAGGACCACCUCUCUUCAUGGCUGGCGCACUUCCACUCUGCCCUGUCCUCCUCCUCGCACCACGUGUGCUCUCCUCCCCCUACAACACCAUCCACUGCUGCUACCCCUGCAUCACCUUCAGCGUCUCCCUCUGCUGCCAGUACCACCAGUGCUGCAAGGGUAGUUGCAGCGCCAGCCGAGGAGGCAGCGGUGCGGCAGGUGGGUCAGGAGACAUGCACGCCCCCUCCGCCGCCCAUCGGCCCUCUCCAACAAAAGGCAGCUCUCUGGUUCUACCGCUGGCUGUCCCGCCUCUCCUCCCUGCUGUCUGCUCUGCGCCACCUCCACGCCCUGCCCGCUGCUGGCCCGCACCUGCCCCGCCUGCACGCUGCCUUCUCCCUGCUCUCCUGCUCCUUCCACCGCCACGCGCUCACCUCAUGCUGCCAGGUGGACGACGUGUCGCUACCGUGGGUGCCAAGGGGUGAUGUGCAGAGAGUGGCGAGCAGCGGGGCGAGUGGGGAGAUGGAGGGGAGGAGGGCUGUGGAGGUGGUGGAGAGUGCAUGGGAGAGGGAGUACGUGACCAGGUGGAGGGAAGCCCAGCAUGUGGCGCGCACUGGAGGUGUCGAUUGCUCUUCUCGCCUGCUCUCUUGUCUGCAACAGGUUCUACGCGCUUCCACUCUCAACGCCUCAACCCAUGCCUCUGCAACGCCCAGAACCCCAGUCACAGCACAUGCACCACCCUCCCCACACGCUGCUCUCCUCAACUUCCUCCCUCUCACAGAGCAUUCCCUCUCACUCCUCCCUGUCACCAUGCUCUCCUGCUCCCGCUCCGCCAUCCUCCCCUCCCACGCUGCCACCCCUCUUCACCACCUCUUCUCCUCCCUCCUCCUCCACCCCUUGCCUACCAACCGCGCCUCUCCCCCCACCCGCGAUGACCACAAGCCUGCCCGCCCGUGCUGGCCGCACCACAUGUGCCACUCGCUGCUGCACCCCACGCUUGCCGCGCUGCUGCUCCACGACCUGCCGGCACAGGGACAGGCGACCAGAGCUUAUGACAGCAGCAAGGCAGGUGGAAGCAGACAGGGGCGUGGCUGGGGGGCUGGGGAGGUGAGCAGAGGGGAGGGGAGGGGCAGUGACGCACGUGCGGGUGACGCGAGUCAUGGGUCGUUUGCAUUGGGGAGAGCCGUGCAAGCAGCAGCAGAUGCGCCUGUGCCUGCUGGCCAGUCAUGCUGGCAGGGAGAUGUGGAUGUGACAGCGGAGGACGCAUGGGGAAUCACGCUGCUGUUCCUCACAUACAUGCUCAAUCAGCAUCCCUACAGCGGCGGCUCAAGGGACAAGGACUGGGGGCUGGUGGAGCUGGAGGCACGCAUGCGCGUGGCGUAUGUGCGGGGCAACCCUCUCAUGGCUCCCUCCAUUGCCGGGUUCACUCACGCCCUCUCUGCCCGUGCUUUGCUGCAUCAGGCAUCGCCCCUCCCCAACGUGCAUGGGGACUCUGGCAGGCUGCUCCACUUCCCCUGGAAGUCCUCCCUGCUGCCUCUUGCCCCGUCACUUGCUCCUGUUCCCGCCAUCCCGCUCCUCCCCCACCCUCCGGCUGCCAUUUUCAACGUCUCACCCCCAUUUGCAAGCUUGCUGUUUGACUUGCUGCGUCACCUGCUGCCCACCUUGCGUGCCAUGUGGGCAAGGGGAGAGGUGCCUGGUGGACCGGGCCGGAUGGGGGGAAGCGAAUGUGGGGAGGCGAUGUGUGCAUGGGAGAUGAUGCGUGCUUUUGAUGAAUUCGGUAUGGCCAUGGUCGAGAUAGCUCCAUCUCAAUUUCAAGCUUUUUGGAAGAGGUUUCCAGAGACAGUUGGCCGGUCAGGCAAAGUGUGA